CUACGAUAGGAAAACCUGCUUGUUUGAUUUCGAACUGCAUGCAGGAGUUAAUUUUGUUGCAUGAUCUGUAUUUUUUCACAAGGACAACUUUUGAACAAGCGGUUUUUAAUAAACAUAAUUUGAAACAUAAUCAGCAGCUCGACAGGCCGACAGAAAAGGAGCGAGAACUGGGCCGGGGCGAGGAAGGCCGUCCCGUCCCCCGCGAGCCGAGCUGCAGCAGCAGGACUCGGCGGCGAGUUGCGAGUCACACGCCGAACCGGACGGACGUCGACAGACCUUUCAGCAUUUUCUCUCAAAGUGAUGGUAUGUGGGUGCCCCUUGUGGCUCGGAAUAAGAGGUGUUCAUCAGGGCAAUACGUAGGGGCCAAGGGAAUAUGGCAUAAUGCGCGGAAGCGUCAUUUUGAUAGAAUAGGAGUAGUUAAACAUCAUUGUCAAAUAGCCUAUGUGUACAUUAUUGUAGGGUGAUAAAUCUUUGUUAUAUCAUGUAUCGUAUGAUUGUUUAUCCAUUGUUAACUAAGAUAUCAUUACGAAUUAUCUAUUGUGUUUACUCUGUGAGGAGAGAUGACACCAUGUCAUGUUUUCAUCGGAUGCGACUCAUGUCAAGGGAAUAUUCAAAAGCACAAGUCAUCAUCCCAUCAUGACAUGCCAAUACGUUGCAUUAUAAAAUCUACGUUUGAUUAAAGGAUGGAAAUUGUUUGUGCUUGAGAGAGAGCAAUUACUUUUUGUUUUGUUUUUUAAGGUUUUACAAGGUAGACAAUAAAGAGUGCUCAAGAGCAACCCCUAAGCCUUUCAUCUCAAAGGUGUUGCACCCUAGGUUGGAAAACACACGAAUGCUCAGUGAUGACAAUUCUCAAUAGUUUUGAGUCAGAGCUGUGAUCAUAUUUGUGUACAGGUUCAUUAGAGGAAAAAUGAUAUAUGCAAAUGAUAGAGGGAGUGAUUCUAAGAAACUUAUCUUCGAUGAACUGUAGCCGCAACUCAAAAAUAACAAGUAAUUGGACAUGCAAGUGUCAAAAGGCACAGGAUAGAGUUAGGGCAGCCAUAUUCGCUUAUCCGUAUUCUAGAGUUACAGCAGCCGUAUUCGCUUAUCCGUAUUCUAGAGUUAUGGCAGCCGUAUUCACUUAUCCGUAUUCUAGAGUUACGGCACCCGUAUUUGCUUAUCCAUAUUCUAGAGUUACAACAACCGUA